UUAAAAUGAUGCUUUUCUUGAUUUAUUUUUAAGAGACAGGAGAAAUAAGUGAUUAUGUCUUAUCUGGAAUAGAAAUAUGUGUGUGUUUUUUAAGUUCCAUUUAAGUAUAGUAGAUGUGAAAUACAAAUUGGGAGAUUUGCAGUGUCAGCACUGAGCAUCUUAACUCCAGAUUCAAAGCAAAAUCUGAAACCUGACACAAUGAUCCUGCAGAAUUAUUCCUUGGUGUCAGAAUUUGUGUUGCACGGUCUCUGCACUUCACAGCAUCUCCAAAAUAUUUUCUUUGUAUUUUUCUCUGGGAUCUACAUGGCCAUUAUGCUGGGUAACCUGCUCAUUGUGGUCACUGUAGCUUCUGACUCCCACUUACACUCUUCCCCUAUGUACUUUCUGUUGGGAAACUUGUCUUUCUUGGACAUGUGGUUGGCUUCAUUUGCCACACCCAAGAUGAUCAGGGAUUUUCUUAGUGAUCGAAAACUCAUUUCCUUUGGAGGAUGUAUGGCUCAGAUCUUCUUCUUGCACUUUACUGGAGGGGCUGAGAUGGUGCUGCUGGUUACCAUGGCCUAUGACAGAUAUGUGGCCAUAUGCAAACCUUUGCAUUACAUGACUGUGAUGAGUCGGCAGAUGUGCAUGGGGCUGGUGCUGCUUUCGUGGGUCAUUGGAUUUGUGCACUCAAUCAGUCAAGUAGCUUUUACUGUCAAUUUACCUUACUGUGGCCCUAAUGAGGUGGACAGCUUCUUCUGUGACCUCCCUCUGGUGAUCAGACUUGCCUGUGUUGACACCUACGUCUUGGGUGUGCUUAUGAUCUCAGACAGUGGGCUGCUGUCCAUGAGCUGUUUUCUGCUCCUCCUGGUCUCCUACGCUGCCAUCCUCCUCACUGUCCGACAGCGUGCCACUGGCGGCAUCAACAGGGCACUCUCCACUUGCUCUGCACACAUCAUGGUAGUCACACUGUUCUUUGGACCUUGCAUCUUCAUUUACGUGUGGCCUUUCAGUGGGUUCUCUGUGGACAAGCUCCUGUCUGUGUUUUAUACCAUUUUUACUCCACUCUUGAACCCCAUUAUCUACACAUUGAGAAAUGAGGCGAUGAAAACAGCUAUGAAGAAACUGAGGAACAGACAGGUGACUUUUCAUUGAAUCCCAGCUUUGCAUAGUGCUAUGUGUUCCUCCUCAUACAGGGAAAUCAUUUUUUUAAUAUGAUUCUGCUUAAAGAUUUCCUUCUGACAUUAAAUUGACAUAAUUUGUAAGGCAUUA